AUGUUAACGGAAGUAGACAACAUUUUAACACUCGGUUUAACAGAUCUUGCAUUUUAUGCCAUAGUUUUGAAAAGUGAAGCAUUUGAUAUUGCAAAAAAUUCUAGUCAUGAAAACUUUGAUAGAAUUAUUAUUAUUGGAGACACAAAACUUAAUCAUUCUUAUCGCAAUGGACGCCAGGCUUUAAAAGAUACACAAUUUAUCGGAUUUAAAAUCACAGAUGAAGACAUUGGGGUAAAUUUUGAAUAUGCAAUCCCGUUCAUUACAAUAAUAACAAGAAGAGGUGAAACUGCCGGUCAACCUUUUUUAAAUGUUAAUUUAGGAGCGGUGUUCACUGGUGUGAUCAUCACAAUUGUUGGAAGUCUCUUCAGUGGAUUCACAAGAUUCCUUCGAGGAGAAAAAGUUUUCAGCAGUAAAACAUUCUUCAGAAGUAAAAAGAACAAGAUUCCUCUAGGACGAAAUUUCGAUUAUGAUUUUGAUGAAAGGAUAUGGGAAACGUUUAACCAUAUGGAUGAAGAACUAAUGAAUAUUGAUAUCGAUGUAGUUUCUUGUAGUCAAAGAGCAAUGUGCGAUUAUAUCAAAAGUAGUCUAAGAAGCAAUGAGAGUAGCCAUGGUUUUGAAAAGUUAAUUGCCGGAAUUAUUAACACAAAAUUUGUUGAUCGAUUCAUUAAUCAUAAAUAUUUGAUGAAUCCCAUUGAAGUAGCCAGAAGUCAAUCCUACUGUGAAACUUCAUUCAGUAGCUGCAGACUGCAAAAAGGAAAUAAGAAUAAAAUAAUUAGAAAAAUUCAACGAUAUGUGAAACCUAAAAAAUGUACACGCGCAAAGAGAUUUGGAUCAAAAAACCCUAGUUUUGAAAACUUUGAUAGAAAUGUUGUUAUUGGAGAUACACAACUUGAUCAUUCUUAUCGGAAUGGACGCCAGGCUUUGAAAGAUACGCAAUUCAUUUCUUUUAAAAUCACAGAUGAUGACCUUCCGGUUCUUUUUGAAUUUGCUGUCCCAUUUUUAUCAGUACCAACAAGAAGAGGUGAAACUGGCGGUCAACCUUUUGUAAAUAUUAAUUUAGCAGCGAUCUUCACUGGUGUGAUCGUCACAAUUAUUGGAAGUUUCAUUGGUGGAUUCACAAGAUUCCUUCGAGGAGAAAAGCUUUUCAGUAAUAAAUCAUUCUUCAGGAGUAAAAAUAAAAUUCCUCUAGGACGAAAUGAAGACAUUGGGGUUCUUUUUGAAUAUGCAAUCCCGUUUAUUACAAUAAUAACAAGAAGAGGUGAAACUGCUGGUCAACCUUUUUUAAAUGUUAAUUUAGGAGCGGUGUUCACUGGUGUGAUCAUCACAAUUGUUGGAAGUCUCUUCAGUGGAUUCACAAGAUUCCUUCGAGGAGAAAAAGUUUUCAGCAGUAAAACAUUCUUCAGAAGUAAAAAGAACAAGAUUCCUCUAGGACGAAAUUUCGAUUAUGAUUUUGAUGAAAGGAUAUGGGAAACGUUUAACCAUAUGGAUGAAGAACUAAUGAAUAUUGAUAUCGAUGUAGUUUCUUGUAGUCAAAGAGCAAUGUGCGAUUAUAUCAAAAGUAGUCUAAGAAGCAAUGAGAGUAGCCAUGGUUUUGAAAAGUUAAUUGCCGGAAUUAUUAAAAAUGUUGUUAUUGGAGAUACACAACUUGAUCAUUCUUAUCGGAAUGGACGCCAGGCUUUGAAAGAUACGCAAUUCAUUUCUUUUAAAAUCACAGAUGAUGACCUUCCGGUUCUUUUUGAAUUUGCGAUUCCAUUUUUAACAGUACCAACAAGAAGAGGUGAAACUGCCGGUGAACCUUUUGUAAAUAUUAAUUUAGCAGCGAUCUUCACUGGUGUGAUCGUCACAGUUAUUGGAAGUUUCAUUGGUGGAUUCACAAGAUUCCUUCGAGGAGAAAAGCUUUUCAGUAAUAAAUCAUUCUUCAGGAGUAAAAAUAAAAUUCCUCUAGGACGAAAUUACGAUUAUGAUUUUGAUGAAAGGAUAUGGGAAAUGUUUAACCAUAUGGAUGAAGAACUAAUGAAUAUUGAUAUCGAUGUAGUUUCUUGUAGUCAACGAGCAAUGUGCGAUUAUAUCAAAAAUAGUCUAAGAAACAAUGAGAGUAGCCAUGGUUUUGAUAAGUUAAUUGCCGGAAUUAUUAACACAAAAUUGGUUGAUCGAUUCAUUAAUCAUAAAUAUUUAAUGAAUCCCAUUGAAGUAGCCAGAAGUCAAUCCAACUGUGAAAUUUCAUUCAGUAAGUGCAGACUGCAAGAAGGAAAUAAGAAUAAUAUAAUCAGAAAAAUCCAACAAUUUGUGAAACCUAAAAAUACCACACGCGGAAAGAGACAAACAUGGUUUCAUAAUCCAACAAUUAUGAACUCGAGAGUGAAAGAUAAAUUGUGA